CGAAGAACAGAUGAAAGUGAGGGCAGUGAAUGCAGAAUUCCAGUACGGAUACGAAUAUCUGGGCAACAGCGGACGUUUGGUGAUCACUCCAUUGACAGAUAGGUGUUAUUUGACUCUGACAGGGGCUUUGCACUUGAAGUUUGGAGGAGCCCCGGCUGGACCUGCAGGCACCGGAAAAACGGAGACAACAAAGGACUUAGCGAAAGCCAUGGCUAUACAAUGUGUCGUGUUCAAUUGCUCGGACCAGCUAGAUUUCAUGGCGAUGGGGAAAUUUUUCAAAGGACUUGCUAGUUCAGGAGCUUGGGCAUGUUUUGAUGAGUUCAACAGGAUAGAUAUCGAAGUGCUUUCUGUAGUUGCUCAACAAAUAGCGACGAUCCAGAAAGCGCAACAAGCUCGAUUGGACACGGUAUUCUUUGAAGGGUCAGAAAUAGUCUUGAAGGAGUCUUGUGCUGUUUUCAUCACGAUGAAUCCCGGAUAUGCAGGAAGAACAGAACUCCCUGAUAAUCUCAAGGUAAUUAUGAACCGGUAA